UUUUUUUUUUUUUGAAGUCAAUGACACCGAAAAUAGAUAUUAACAAUAGUUCAUCGGAUAACACCAAAAAUGACAAUAAUUUAUUAUCUUCAACUGCUAAAGGUGCCUCCUAUCUUAUCCUUUUACAAUUAAUAUCUCGAAUGCUUACCUUUUUUCUUCAUCAAAUCAUAUUACGUUAUACAACUGCUGAAACUUUUGGUAUUGCUUCAGUCAAACUUGAACUAUUACUUUCUACCAUCUUAUUUAUAUCACGCGAAGGAUAUAGAUGUGCUUUAGUACGUGGUGAUUCAAACAAUAACAACAACAACAAGAAUAACAAAACAAAUAUUGGACCAGUACCUGAAAAUACCCUUGAAGGUCUUGAACAAAAAGUGACCAAUGCUUCAUAUAUUCCUACAGCUUUUGGACUAAUAACAACAUGUUUGGCUUGUAGUUAUUAUCUUUAUACAAUUGAUGAUACAGUGGCAACUUUAUAUCCGUAUUAUCGUAUAUCUGUUAUCUUAUUUGGUGCUGCAGCUUUGAUUGAACUUUGUGUGGAACCUCUAUUUAUUAUGUCAUUGAAUCGUAUGUAUUUUCAAUUACGUGUGACUAUAGAAGGUGUGGCAGUUAUACUUAGAUGUUUGAUUACAUUUGGAUUAACACUAUGGGGUGCAACUGGAUCAGAUAUCGAUGAAAAUACUUUUGGUGUUUUAGCCUUUGCUGUUGCUCAAUUCGUAUUUGGUUUGACUAUAUGUUUGGGUUAUUCUGGUUACUUUUUAUUUAAAGUGAAAAAAGGAGAAAUGACAUUAUCAAGUUUAUUACCAAGAAAAUUGAUUUCUUCCAAUGGCAGGACAUUUUGGUUUGAUUCAACACUGACUACACUAGGAUCUACAUUGACAAAACAAUCUUUAUUGAAACAUAUACUUACUGAAGGUGACAAAAUGUUAGUAUCUGUUUUAAGUUCAGAUGCUGAUCAAGGUGUUUAUGCAUUUGUGGUUAACUAUGGAUCUUUGAUUGUACGUAUUUUAUUUCAGCCAUUAGAAGAGACAGGACGUACAUUAUUUUCUAAAUUAUUGAACAAGAAUGGAAAACAAGAAUCAAAAAAGAUGGCAAAAGAUGUAUUAAUUUUAAUAUUACGAUUUCAUGUGAUACUUGGAUUAAUAUUUAUAAGUUUUGGUACAAAUUAUACAUCAACAUUGAUUGAUCUUUUGGUUGGAAAGAAAUGGUCUCAAGGUGAUGCUCCUUUGGUAUUAUCAUUUUAUUGUAUAUAUGUACCUGUGAUGGGAAUCAAUGGUAUUACUGAAGGAUUUGUUCAAGCUGUAGCAUCAAAAUCUGAUUUGGCAAGAUUAAGUUAUUAUAUGAUAGGAUUCUCUUUUUGUUUUAUGACAGCUGGUAUAUUUUUUAUGUAUAUACUUCAAUUAGGUGCUAUUGGAUUAGUAUUAGCAAAUAUGGUGAAUCUUUGUAUUCGAAUUACUUAUAGUUGGUAUUAUAUAAGAUGGUUCUUUCAAGAAGAAGAAUUUGGAUCUUGGUUACCAAGUGGAACAACAUUAACCUGUUUUGGAAUUAGUUGGAUAUUGACAUUUUUAUCUCAAGAAAAGAUUGGUUGGCAAUCCUUUCAACAAAAGUUAUUACAUAUUGGAAUUGGUUGUAUAUGUUUUUGUUUAGUUUGUCUUGUAUUAUUUUGGAAAGAAAAAGAUUUAAUCCGGGAUAUUCAAAAAUUAACGAAAAAGAAGAAAUCAUGAUGAUUAUUUUAGUUUAUAUGGGGGGAUUGAAAGGAACUUUGGGAACUUUACGUUGUGUAACUUUGUCAGUAAUUCCUGAUUUUUUUUUUUACAUAAAAAUUCAAAAUCCUUCCUUUUUUUUUUUUUCUUUCUUCUUUCUUUACUUUUUUUU